AUGUCUGCUCCAGCUCUACUACGAGAGGGAAGCCGCCUUGCCCUCACAGCGAGUAAAUCCACGGCAAAAGCCAUUACAGAUCAUGGACCCAAAGCCGCCGCCGCAGCCGCUGCAUGGACCGUCCAGAAUCCGGGGCUGGCUGCUUGCGGCGCUGUCGGGACUGUCGGCAUCAUCCUCAUUGCGGCUCCCGGUGUCGUCGUUGUCCCAGUACUCGCCGAGUUGGGUUUUGGAGCUGGUGGUGUUGUUGCAGGUACCACGGCUGCCACAAUGCAGGCUGGGAUCGGAAAUGUUGCAGCCGGUAGCGCUUUCGCGGUUGCUCAGAGUGCAGGUGCUGCGGGCUCAGGUCUCGCCGUCAUCAACGGGGUGGUUCAGGUCGCUGGAUUCGCGAUGACCGCCGGUAGCGGAGGACUCGCGUGGAUCAAAUCCAAAGUUGGAGCAUAG